AUGGAAGAAUUUCUUCUCCGCGAACAAUGCUGUCUACGGUCCGCCAACCAAAGCAAAUGCUCCUCUUCUCAGCGCCGACGGCAGUACCCUACUCACCGCGAAGGCAAAUAUCCUACAACGGUGGCCGAACACAUCAAAGGCGUCCUCAACCGACUCUCCACCAUCUCCGACGCCGCCAUCGCCCGUCCGCCUCAAGUGGAGGCCGACGUCGACAUCUACCUCCCGCCCUCUCUCCACAAAACCAUUAAGGCCAUGCAGCCGCUUUCCAGCAGGAAAGUGCCUGGAUCGGACGCGAUCCCUGCUGAGAUCUACAAACAGGGUGGGCCCCUGCUCAUGGAUCAUCUGAUAGCGCUCUUCCAGGAGAUGUGGCGUCAAGGAGAAGUCCCGCAGAACUCCAAGGACGCCACAAUCGUCCAUCUCUAA